AUGGCGUCUUGGUCUAAGCCAGAGACUUUUAAAUUAAUCGAAAUUUGGAGUGACGAGGCAAUACAGGAGCAGCUUGAAGGCUGCACUCGAAACAAGCAUGUUUAUGAAAAGAUAUCCAAGAAAAUGGACGAAGAAGGCUAUCAAAGAAAGUUUGAACAAUGUAGAGAGAAGAUUAAAAAACUAAAACAGGAGUACAAGAAGAUUAAAGAUAAGGUGAACAAAACAGGCGAAGAGGGAAAGAAGAAACUGAUAGCUGGUUGGGACUAUUAUGAGUCCCUUGAUGCUAUACUGGGACAUAGGCCUUCUACUGAGCCAGCUGUGGUUAUUGAUAGUGGCAGUCAAGAAAAUGUAAGUGAACAUUUAUUUGAUGAUAGCGCUGAAGGAGAUUCUUUUUCAACACUUGAUUCUGACUGCAAGCAAGGUUUAAGUCCCAAAGAAUCUUUAAAUUCAAAUUCUAAGGAAUCAACUAAAAAGAAUAGAAAGCGUCAGGCUGAUAUACUACAAGAAACACUAAAAGAUAUUGUAAAGCAAAUUGUUGAUUCACAAAAACAAUCAGAUGAAAACUUUGCUCGAUUAGAAGAAAAAAGGCUUCG